AUGAAGAUAAUUUUUUACGACAAAAAUCCAUAUUCAUACCCAAUUGAUGCAUUGGAAUCUGAUAAUACUAAUGGGGCCAGCAAACGUUCAAUAAAAAUAAGCGCAAAUAUCAGGUUCUUUAAGUCCGGAACUUGUUGCGGAAAAACUUUAAUAACAGUUGUAAAAACUUUAAUAACAGUAGUAAAAUAUAGUAUAAUUCAGUCUACUAUUAAGAUCCUGGAACCUGAUGAACAAAUUAUAAGAUCAACUUUUAAACUCGUGCGUGAUAGUAGCAAUAUAUUAAAAACAUAUAAGCGUAAGGAGUUCGGUAUGCCUGCAGAAGUAACGUCGGUUCAUUAUCUAAAAAAGCAUUUAUGCUUAGGUUUUGCAGAAGGAUUUCAAGUAGUGACUUUGGAGACUCUUAAGAUUCAAGCUUUACUGCAUCCAGAAGAUUCUUUUCAUGAUUUUAAUUUGCCUUCUUUAUUACUAAGGAAGGGGCUGGAUAAGUUAAUAACAUGGAAGGGUACUCCAAAUUCUUUCGCUUUCCACUCUCCUUACGUUUUUGCAUUUGAACCUUCAUUCAUUGAAAUACGUCAUAUUGAAACAGGACUUUUGGAACAAUUUAUUACAGAACAUAAUAUACGCUAUCUAUGUUCUAAUCCUCGCAUUAGUACUGUAGAUGCACUUUGCAAAAAUUCUACGUUGACUUCUUUGGUUCUUCGAGAUAACAAUAUUAGUUUCAAAGUAGAAUCCAAUAAUUCUUCUAGUCUUAAAAUACUACAAUAA